UACGUAAAAUUAUUCAGAUAAAAUUUAAACAUUUAUAUAAUUAUUUUUUAAUUUGUUAUUUUCUUAAAAUCAUUGUAAUGCAUUUAAAAAUUAUACUAAUCUUUUGUGCAUUAUGUUUUUUUACCGAUACAAUGAGUAAGGGACUUAAUGCAAUACAAAUACAAUGCUUGCAAAUAUUGGUAAAAAACUAUAAUGAUAAAGAAAUAGUAAACAAAGUGAUAAAUGCUUUUAAUGUCGAUAAAGAAUACAAUUAUAAUCAUAACGAUACAGAACAUAAAAGAGUUUAUGACAUUCUACAUUUUAUGCAUACAUUUGAUAAGGCCGGUGAUAAAAUAAUACUAACUGGUGAUGAACAUCCAAUUAUAAAACUGGAUAUAAAUGAGUUAAAAAUAGUGUUCGAUCAUAUAUCUGACAUUGGCUUAAAAGACAAUGGUUGUGUUGUAGAGGAGGAGAAAUUCCAUACAUUGAUUGAUUUGUUUGGCUUCAGUGGUCUUAUUAAUGAUGAUGAUACACUGGCUGUUUGGAAAACAAACAUUAAGGAAGAUUAUAAAUACGAUUUAAGUGAAGUAUUGAUAGAAUUAUUAGGAUACCAGGCACAAUUGUAUAAAUGGAAAUUUGGUAAAAUAGAAGAUCUGAAAAUUUUCGACGAAUUUAUUAAAUAUGCCUUAAUGGAUCACACCUCUGAUCAAAUAAAGCCUAAAUUAGUAUUACUAUUAAAUAAUUAAAAUGUAAUUUCUAUGUCCAAUCAUUUAUUGUAUUUCAUUAAUAUUUUUAUUGCUUUAAAGUAACUUAGAUCCCGUUUUUUAAUUUAUUGUUCACUUUGUGCCAUUUUAUAAUUAUUCUUUAUUAAUUAUUUUUAUUAUCUUUAUUUAUUAACAGUGUACUCUUUCAUUUGUUUUUUAGUAAUGUUUAAAAUAAUACGCUAACGUUGUUAUUUGAACGCUGUGUGGGUUAAAUUUCAUUUUAUGUCAAGUUCAUAUUGGCGUCUAGUUUUUUGCAUAUUAUUAUAAAUAUUUAAUAAUCGCUUAUAAAAAAGCUUCAUUAUUAUUUUGUUCUUAAAACAGCAUUUAAAAGGAAAAUUUUAUUUGAAUAGUAUACAAAAAUCUAGUAAACAGUCUGUAUUUCAGUUUGGACUGCGAGAUAUUCCGAAAAACGAAAAAAUCUAAAUAAAAAUUGAUUAUAAUUGUUCCAAUUCAUUGUAUAAUUUCAUAUAAAAUCCAAAAUUACUUUUUUAGAAAUGAUUUAUACAGUGAAAUAUUAUUAAAAAUUUGGAUCAUUACAUACUAAUAGAAGACUACACAAAUAGAGUCAAGAAAUUCAUAAAUAACAAAGAAAAAGUAUUUAACUUUGUAGAAACCUAUUAUCAUUUUAAAUCUAACUCGACAUUUAAUUUAAAAACAAUAAAAAUGAAUUAUUUUAAUUGUCUAUUUAGUGUAAUAAACAAAAAUUAACAUGAUGAAGUAGGGAUAUAUUUGUAUAGAGGAGUUGUGAGUAAGGAGUGAGUUAGAGUUGAGAUAGUAUAUGGGGAUUUUGGAGUGUAAUAUGUAUAGUAAAGAGUAGUCUUAAUAAUUUAAACUACUCAGUAAAGUUAUUCCUAUUUUACCUUUUUCUACUCUUAUUUACUAUGUGAAGUCUUAAAGAGUAAAACAUGUAAAUAAAUUAUGGUGCUUACUUUUAUUCCCUUAAGUAGUCAUUCGAAUUAAUCUUGUAUUAACUUCUCGGUUCAGUGUUAACAAUCGUUUGUAGAUUUUUUCAUUUAUUUUGAUUAAUUAGAUUUAUGUAUGUAUUAAAUCUAAAUCAUCAGUUCGCGCUUUCAUCACCUUGACAAAAUACUUCGUUCAUAAAAAACACGUUUAAAAAUAUUUUCUCCAAUGUGACCUGUCUCUAUUAUGAUUUAUUUUUUUUUUAUACUUUUAAAAUUAUACUAUGUUUUUAUUAAUAAUAUAUUUGAUAAAUUCCUUAUA